AUUUUGACUCGUGUCUUCGUCUUCGUCGUCUUCUCAUCUUGUCUUCUCAUCCUUCCUCUUUUUUAACCUCUUGUCGCGCUCAAUUAAUUUACGCGAGAGAGUUUCGCAAUCCCGCAAUCAUGGCGGAUUUCCUAAAGAAUAUUGUUGGGGGAAGCAAGUCCCCUGAUACUCCUAUACCAUCCUCCGAUUCAGAUUUCGCCGACUUCGCCGAUGCGCCUUCGCCGUCGCCUGUACCCUUUGAAUCGGUCGCCGGCGGUGCUACCCUUGGUGGCCCUGCGCCUACCAGCGUCCCAUAUACAAAAUGGUACAAUGUCCACGAGCGCUAUACACUAAACGACUUCCGCGCUGAGGGCGUCAUCCUAGGCAUUAUCGCUGUGGUCUUUACAUUACACUUCAUUGGCACCAAGCUCAACCGAGCUAAGUCGAGGGCAUGGAUUAAAGCGCAUGCUUCAGUACUAACCAGCGAGUUUGCUGCGGUUGGUUUCGGUAGAACUUCUGAGAAAACCCCCGAGAAACUACUAAAGGCCAAGAGCCUUUUUGAAUACGCGACGUACGCGACUGGCCGACAGAAUGUUGCGUUCAUGGAUGUCAAAUUGACUCUAAAGAAGCGCUUCAACCCUGUUAUGACAUUGAUAGAGACUGCCUUAAGCUUCUUUUUCGAUAGCUUUGGCGCUCCUGAGGAUUCCGUGGAAGCCGUCAUCUACCCAUUCGAUGGAAAAGAGGCGCAGAUAGUCCCUGCUCUUCCAGGCGCUGCCGAGCUAAGAAGCAAGGAUUCCAAGAGCACCUUCGAUGGUUUUGUUUGGGCUGUUGUCAACAAGGACAAGAUGAAACAGCUCCGAGAAGAGCGAUACGAUUUGUCCAUCACCUUUACCAAGGAUAACUCCAAGUUGCCUAUUUGGGCAACCGUCAUGAGCGAGAGCGCCGAGAUUACCGAGACCCUUCUUACGAACGAACUCGCCUCAGCUAUCAAGAAGGCCGGCGAUUUAUUCGACUAUAUCAUCAUUAGCGACCAACCCGUAGACAAACCCACGAAGAUGGACGAGACAAUUCCACGCAAGCGCCUCUACUUGCGGUACCGCCUUCCAUCGUCCAACAACUAUGACGACCUAGCCCCUCUCCUUUCUUAUUUCGUGCGAAUUUCUGAUCACCUAGCAUCUUCUGCCCAUUUCCGACCAGAGGUCAUCCGAAAGGUCAGAGCUGUUCGAGAUGAGAACAUCAAGCAGAUCCAAAAGGCCGCCGAGGAAGAGAAGGCUGAGGAGAGGCAGGCAGAGCGUGACAGGGCCAAGAAGGCGAAGCGCGAUGCUGAGUUGAACGCGCUAGACGCCAAGGCUCAGAAGAAGUACCUCGAGAGGGAGAAGGAAAAGGAGUUGCGCAAGUCCUCAAAGAAGCAGACAGUCCGAGCUUGAGUGCUUGUACCAACCCAAUUCUUGAAUAUUUCUCGUGGAUAUUUUUUAAGGAUGGUAUUGAAAGACGGUUAGGGGAUGGACGAAGGGAUGACUAAUGGUGACAAGGUAUCAAAAGUGGCAUCACGCGACAUUUGACUUGUAUAUCUAGCAAAAAAAGGGGGGCUGUAUCGGAAAUAUGCAUCUUAGGCGUACGUCUGCGAGCUCUGAUUAAAUCAAUGUAUGAUAUUUGGCU